AAGGGGCGUCCUGGGGGCGGGGACCGUGAAUGAGGCUGGGCGGGCCGGGCGAGAGCCGCCGCGGGGUUGGUUGUUGCCUUGAGGCCGGAGUCAACGGAUCCGGGCCGCGCUACCGGCGACUUCGCUGCCCGGUCCCAGCGCUGAGCGAACGAACGAGGUGGUGCUGCGCGGGAUAUGCAUUCUGAGAGAGGCCUAAGAGAAGCCUAUUUACAUCUGCCACCCGAGAGUCUAUUGAUUUGAUUGUAAAUGCAUCAUAAAGAGGCAGCCCAGAAUGAAGAAAGCAAGCAGGAGUGUUGGCUCAGUGCCUAAGGUGUCUGGGACAAGUAAAACACAAACGGUAGAGAAAAUUAAGCCUGAAAACAGCUCUUCAGCAUCAACAGGAGGAAAAUUUGUAAAACCUGGAACUGCAGCAUUAUUGUCAAAGACCAAGAGCAGUGAUGAUCUUUUAGCUGGAAUGGCUGGAGGGGUAACAGUGACUAAUGGUGUUAAGGGAAAGAAAAGUACCUGCCCAUCUGCAGCAUCUUCAGCAUCUGCCCCUGCCAUGACCACUGUGGAGAACAAACCUAAGAUCAACACAGGCACAAGUUCUUCAACCAAACGGAGCACUUCUGCAGGUAGUAAAGAAUCCAGUUCUACUAGAGAAAGAUUACGUGAACGUACCCGACUAAACCAGAGCAAAAAACUACCUUCUGCAGGUCAGGGAGCUAACGAUGUGGCAUUGGCUAAACGUUCCCGCAGUCGCACUGCUAUGGAAUGUGAUGUUCGUAUGAGCAAGUCUAAAUCAGACAAUCAGAUCAGUGACAAAGCUGCUUUAGAAGCUAAAGUGAAAGAUCUUCUUACACUGGCAAAAACCAAAGAUGUGGAAAUUUUACAUUUGAGAAAUGAACUCCGAGACAUGCGUGCUCAACUGGGCAUUAAUGAAGAUCAUUCUGAGGGUGAUGAAAAGUCUGAGGAGAAGGAAACUGUUACUGCUCACCAGCCAACUGAUGUCGAGUCCACUUUAUUGCAGUUGCAAGAACAGAAUACUGCCAUCCGUGAAGAACUCAACCAGUUGAAAAAUGAAAACAGAAUGUUAAAGGACAGGUUGAAUGCACUGGGCUUUUCCCUAGAACAGAGGUUAGAUAAUUCUGAAAAACUGUUUGGCUAUCAGUCCCUGAGCCCAGAAAUUGCCCCUGGUAACCAGAGUGAUGGAGGAGGAACUCUGACUUCUUCUGUGGAAGGCUCUGCACCGGGGUCAGUGGAGGAUCUCUUGAGUCAAGAUGAAAAUACACUCAUGGAUCAUCAGCACAGUAACUCUAUGGAUAACCUAGACAGUGAGUGCAGUGAGGUUUAUCAGCCUCUCACCUCUAGCGACGAUGCCCUCGAUGCACCAUCAUCUUCAGAGUCAGAGGGUAUUCCAAGCAUGGAGCGCUCUCGUAAAGGGAGCAGUGGGAAUGCGAGUGAAGUGUCUGUUGCUUGCUUAACAGAACGGAUACACCAGAUGGAAGAGAACCAGCACAGUACAAGUGAGGAACUACAGGCAACUCUACAGGAACUAGCUGAUUUGCAGCAGAUUACCCAAGAGCUAAAUAGUGAAAAUGAAAGGCUUGGGGAGGAGAAAGUCAUUCUUAUGGAGUCUUUGUGUCAACAAAGUGAUAAGUUGGAACAUUUUAGCCGGCAGAUUGAAUAUUUCCGUUCCCUUCUAGAUGAGCAUCAUAUUUCUUAUGUUAUAGAUGAAGAUGUAAAAAGUGGACGCUAUAUGGAAUUAGAGCAGCGUUACAUGGACUUAGCUGAGAAUGCCCGUUUUGAGCGAGAGCAGCUUCUUGGUGUCCAGCAGCAUUUAAGUAAUACUUUAAAAAUGGCAGAACAAGACAACAAGGAAGCUCAAGAAAUGAUAGGUGCACUCAAAGAACGCAGUCACCACAUGGAGCGAAUUAUUGAGUCUGAGCAGAAAGGCAAAGCAGCCCUGGCAGCAACCUUAGAGGAGUACAAAGCCACAGUGUCCAGCGACCAGAUAGAGAUGAAUCGCCUGAAGGCCCAGCUGGAGAAUGAAAAGCAGAAAGUGGCUGAACUAUAUUCUAUCCAUAACUCUGGAGACAAAUCUGAUAUUCAGGAUCUCUUGGAGAGUGUUAGGCUGGACAAAGAAAAGGCAGAGACUUUGGCUAGUAGCCUGCAGGAAGAUCUGGCUCAUACCCGAAAUGAUGCCAAUCGAUUACAGGACACCAUUGCCAAGGUAGAGGACGAAUACCGAGCCUUCCAAGAAGAAGCUAAGAAACAAAUUGAAGAUUUGAAUUUGACAUUAGAAAAACUAAGAUCAGAGCUGGAGGAAAAAGAGACAGAAAGGAGUGAUAUGAAAGAAACUAUCUUUGAGCUUGAAGAUGAAGUAGAACAACAUAGAGCUGUGAAACUUCAUGACAACCUCAUUAUUUCUGAUUUAGAGAAUACAGUUAAAAAACUCCAGGACCAAAAACAUGACAUGGAAAGAGAAAUCAAGACACUUCACAGGAGACUUCGAGAAGAAUCUGCAGAAUGGCGGCAGUUUCAAGCUGAUCUACAGACUGCAGUAGUCAUUGCAAAUGACAUUAAAUCUGAAGCCCAAGAGGAGAUUGGCGAUCUGAAGCGCCGGUUACAUGAGGCUCAGGAAAAGAAUGAGAAACUCACAAAAGAAUUGGAGGAAAUAAAAUCACGCAAGCAAGAGGAGGAGCGAGGGCGAGUAUACAAUUACAUGAAUGCUGUUGAGAGAGAUUUGGCAGCCUUAAGGCAAGGGAUGGGACUAAGUAGAAGGUCCUCGACUUCCUCAGAGCCGACUCCUACAGUAAAAACCCUCAUUAAGUCCUUUGACAGUGCAUCUCAAGUACCAAACCCUGCUGCAGCUACAAUUCCUCGAACACCUCUGAGUCCAAGUCCUAUGAAAACCCCUCCUGCGGCAGCUGUAUCUCCCAUGCAGAGACAUUCCAUAAGCGGACCAAUCUCAACAUCCAAGCCCCUCACAGCCUUGUCAGAUAAGAGACCAAACUAUGGGGAGAUCCCAGUUCAAGAACAUCUGUUAAGAACAUCAUCAACCAGCCGACCUGCUUCUCUCCCAAGAGUGUCUGCUAUGGAAAGUGCCAAGACCAUCUCAGUGUCUCGAAGAAGUAGUGAGGAAAUAAAACGGGACAUCUCUGCACCUGAGGGAGCGUCGCCAGCCUCUCUUAUGGCUAUGGGAACCACAUCACCACAGCUGUCCUUGUCCUCCUCUCCCACAGCAUCUGUGACCCCAACCACUCGAAGCCGGAUAAGAGAAGAAAGGAAAGACCCUCUCUCAGCAUUGGCAAGAGAAUAUGGAGGAUCGAAGAGGAAUGCCUUGUUGAAGUGGUGCCAGAAAAAAACAGAAGGCUAUCAGAAUAUUGACAUCACAAACUUCAGCAGCAGCUGGAAUGAUGGGCUGGCCUUCUGCGCACUCCUGCAUACAUAUCUUCCAGCCCACAUUCCAUAUCAAGAACUGAAUAGCCAAGAUAAGAAAAGGAACUUCACACUGGCCUUCCAGGCAGCUGAAAGUGUUGGCAUCAAAUCCACACUGGACAUUAAUGAGAUGGUACGCACCGAACGGCCAGAUUGGCAAAAUGUCAUGCUGUACGUGACGGCAAUCUACAAGUACUUUGAAACUUGAGCACACCAGGAGGAGCUGCUGCUGGCUGGGGACCUCGGCAGUAACCAAGCAACACCGACACCUUUAGCUAUGCACCCCUAAAGCUUUCGGCAACUCUGGGCUGUCCUGCAGUGUGUGAGCCUCAGCCUGGGACCUCUGCAUAGGAAGAACUCAGGCCUGUGGCCUGUGGCGCACACCAUGGCCUGUCCACCCAGUGCAUGUGGGCACAGCACACAGCCUGCAGGCUGGCUUUCUUCUGAAGACCGGUUGAACUCCAUUAGUGCCCAGGAUGUAAAAACAAAAGGCUCAUACCCAGCUAAACUUGGGGAAAAGGAUUGGAUUAUAGGGGAUUCCUAGAGGUUGGUGAAUGCUUCAGCUACAGCACUUCUUGACUGUUACCCACAUGGGUCCCUUUGCUGGUGAGAACCAGGGGGAAAGUGAGUACCUGGCAAGUGUCUGCUCCCUAGUGCUGGGCAGAGCCAACCUUGCUCUUUACAUGGGUCUGUUUCUAGGAGUGUGUCACCAUAGAAUCGGGAAAGCCAUACCUUCGGUGUGACAGAGCUGUCCUGGUCACCACUAUGUAGGAGUUUUCAACUAGAGUUAAGAAACAUAUAGAAGUGCAGUGCAGGUGGUCCCACCUCACAGCCUGCAGCUGGCCAAGUCCACACUAUUGCUGGGCUCCUGUUGGCAGGAAGCAGGCAGGAUCCUCACCUGGUGCUUGGCCACCUGCCUCCAGCCCCAGGCCUAGCUUAGGGCUUCUGAGAAGAGGGACUGAUCAAAAGGAGUUCUAGUUAAGAUUUUUGAUUUAUUAUGAGCAAGACUGUGGAAAAUAGCUCCUAUUCUAUUAGUACCAAAGUUAAAUUGUUUUAAACCAGACAUGGUGGCGCACACCUGCAAUCACAGAACUCGGGAGGCUGAGGCAGGAGGAUUACCAUGAGUUGGAGGCCAGCCUGGGCCAUACAUACUGAAUUCAAGGCCAGCCUGGGCUAUACAGUGAGAGCCUGUCUCAGAAAAAAAGUUGUUUUAAUAACCAUAGAAAUGAAACACAAAAUUUAGACAUAAUACAACAAGAGCAGGGAGUGAAAUAGGAAGUAGCUGAGAAGAGGGACAUGCUUAGGGAGCCCAUGGUGUGAUUUAAAGUCCCUGCUGAGUUGCUGAGAUGUACUCCUUUUGAGCAGAAAUGUAAGAAAGUGCCUUACCUCCCCUUGUCGGGCAGCCCGUGCCUCCUCACCAGGGCAGGUGUCAGCAGAGAUUCAGAGGGCCAGGCCUGCCCUUCCCAGGUGCUGGGUCUGUGCUCUCUGAGCCAAAGCCUUACUCAGAGGUGUUCAGUUGAUGACUUUCAGGUUGGAACUCAAAGCUCUUUUGGGGACCCAGGAGCCCACAUCUCAUGUGUGCCUAACACAGUAGCUGUUGGUUUGAACAAUGUCAAAACCUAUACUUUCCAGAUUAUAACUGUUUGGCACCUGAAAGGCACCGUGAGGAAGACUGGCCACCAGUGGAAGCUGAGUUGUAGCCCCACUAACCAGAUGCAAGGAGCAGGCUCCCAAGAGGCCCACCCAGUUCCAUCAUGGGCUGAGGGUCAGCAUUCAAGCAUGAUGUUCCUUACCGGGAGUUUGACACGUUUGUGGAGCCUAGAAAAGAAAAUGGCUGUUAAGAAGUGGGCUCUGCAUGUCUGUGCCCUACAGUGUGCCCUUACCAGGUGGCUGGUGCUGCCCAUCUACCCUGCCUAAAUGUCCCAACCUGGCAGUACAGGCUGCUGUCCCUGGCUAAGGCCUUUGGUGAAAUGCCAACUAAAAGAGAGGCAGUAUCAGCCUCAGAGCACACCACAAGACACCCCAGAUGCCAGCUUCCACAGAUCCCCGGCCUGGUCCUCCCCAGCCGAGUUCUGUUCUUGUUCCUGUUGCUCUGCUGACAGUUAGCUGUCAGCCAUGAGUGACUGCUCGUGUUCAAAUCAUCAUUUCCAGGGUCUCUCCACUUAAUUUCUGAGUUCCUGCCUCUGCUUUCAUUGGCCUGUCCACUGUCUGCAUCCAAGGUGUCUGGUCAUAUUUUUGUUUAUUUAUUAUGUCAUGAGGGGCUGUUAUGUGACUAAGAAGAUUUCUCUGAGACUGCAGUUGACAGUUUUGUCCCUUGCUGGCCAUGUGAGAUCAGCUCCAGAAGCUCAUUCUGGGAUGGGGAAUUCCAGAAUCUUCUGAAAGGAGGCAGUGGUCACCAAUGAUCUGUGUCGCUUGGAUGGCACAUCUCUUCUGGACACUGAGGGCCCAGUAUCAAGCCUGGGAGUGGCGCCAGAGACAGAGGUGGUCUUGGGAAGGGCCAUCCUGGCCUUGUCAGUCUGGAGGCUCAUCUCAGGCCCUCUGGCCCCAGUGAGGGUCAGACUGCCCACGUUUGCACAAGGGUCUGCACGUGCCAGGACUCCAGAGCAUUACUUUUUACCUUUUCUAAUAGGACCCUUACAACACUGUUGGCUCUGUGGGUGCAGCUGUAAUGGUCAUAUGUGUUUAAAGGUGGUACCUGCUUUGUAGCCUCCAGGAAGUCAUUUUGCCUCUUUAAGCACAAGCUUUACUGCAAAAGGGCCAGUUACCUUUCUAUUUCUAUCAUAGGCUUCUGCUGACUGACUGAUGAUACUUUGCCAUUUUGUCCUAGUAAAUAUUCUUGAAUGUAUUAAAUUGUUAAAACACA